AUGAAUAUCUAUUGGAUUUUUCUCAUUGUUGCAAUAAUAAUUCCUACAUAUUUGACGAGUAAUUUGGCCACUACUAAUAGAGACAACGUAAAUAAUCUUGAAUUUACUAUAUUUCGAUUGGCGCCUGGAGGCAUACAGGAAUGUGAUGAUUUUCGUCACAAUGUUAAACCAUUUGAUGAUGGUACAGAUAAUGAAGAAGAUUAUCUGAAAGUUGAUUGUGCAAGAUAUCAAAGUGCUUUGACAUGUUACAAGAUUUUUUAUCCAUUAUUGGAUGAUAACAAUCCAUCAGAUCAGGCAACAAAGAAGGAAUUGGAUAAUAUUGAUCUUGCUUCAAUUGAAAAUGCAUGUCGUCAAUAUGUUUAA